UUUAACUUGAAUUCAUAAAAAUAAUUGUGAAAUCCGGUACGAAACACUGUGUCACUCUGACACAAAACACAGCCGUACAUCAAAGCUCAGCCAGCCAAGCUUUAACUUAAGUGCUCCCUCUGUCACUCACGAGCUCCACAGAAAGCCUUUUUUUUUCUGCUUUCCAUUUUGAAAAGAGCGAGAGUGAGAGACAGAAACAAGGAAAAGAGACACAUUGAGCACUAGUUUUGUUCUCUAUAAGAAUGUUGGAAGUUUGACAGACCCAAGUAAAACCCAGUAGGAAUAUAGUAGAAGAGAAGAAGAUUCUUUGGAAUUUUUUUUUCUUAUGAACAAUGGCUUCAAGAUUCAAGUUUGUCUUUGCAGUUUCUUUGUUGCUUCUACUUUUAGAUUUCUGUAGGGGAAGCAUAGUUGGUGUUUGCUAUGGAAGGAAUGCUGAUGAUCUUCCAACACCUGAUAAAGUAGCACAAGUGGUUCAACUUCACAACAUUAAGUACCUCAGGAUUUACGAUUCUAAUAUCCAAGUGUUAAAGGCCUUUGCAAACACUGGAGUUGAACUUAUAGUUGGGGUACCAAAUUCAGACUUGUUAGCAUUCUCCCAGUUUCAAUCAAAUGCAGAUUCCUGGCUAAAGAAUAGCAUCCUUCAAUACUACCCGGCCACAAAGAUCACAUACAUUACUGUAGGUCUUGAAGUCACAGAGAGCCCAGAUAAUGUCUCUGCCUUGGUUGUACCUGCUAUGCAUAAUGUCCUCACAGCAUUGAAAAAGGUUGGCCUUCACAAGAGGAUUAAAGUUUCAAGUACCCAUUCCCUAGGGGUUCUGUCCCGAUCAUUCCCACCUUCUGCCGGGGCUUUUAGCAGCAGAUAUGCAUUUUUCUUGAAACCUAUGUUGGAAUUCCUAGCUGAGAACCAAUCACCAUUUAUGAUUGAUUUAUAUCCAUAUUAUGCUUAUAGAGAUUCUCCAAACAAUGUCUCUUUGGAUUAUGCUCUGUUUGAGUUAUCCUCAGAAGUCAUAGAUCCAAACACUGGCCUACUUUACACAAACAUGUUUGAUGCCCAGAUAGAUGCCCUUUAUUAUGCCCUGAUGGCAGUAAAUUUCAGAACAAUUCAGAUUAUGGUCACUGAAACUGGCUGGCCUUCCAAAGGUUCACCCAAAGAGAAGGCUGCUACUCCUGACAAUGCCCAGACUUAUAACACCAAUUUAAUUCGUCAUGUUAUCGAUGACUCUGGCACUCCUGCCAAGCCUGGCGAAAAGCUAGAUGUGUAUAUUUUCUCGUUGUUUAAUGAAAACAGGAAGCCUGGACUGGAAUCAGAGAGAAACUGGGGCUUAUUUUAUCCAGACCAGACAAGUGUCUAUAACCUGGACUUCACUGGAAAAGGUGCUGUUGAUAUGACAAAUGGUACCAAUUCAAAUGGAACAACCUGGUGCAUUGCUUCUAGCAAGGUUUCUGAAUCAAAUUUACAGAAUGCCUUAGAUUGGGCUUGUGGUCCUGGGAAUGUGGAUUGCUCUGCCAUUCAGCCUAGCCAGCCAUGUUUUGAGCCAGAUAAUUUAGUUUCCCAUGCCUCUUACGCAUUCAAUAGUUACUACCAGCAAAACGGGGCCAGUGACGUUGCAUGCAGUUUUGGAGGAAAUGGGGUCAAAGUUGACAAGGAUCCCAGCUAUGAUAAUUGCAUCUAUCUGACCACUAGAGGGAUCAUCAAAACUGCAGCAAGAAACACGACUGCCAUUGCUAAUAUUUCUUCCUCUCCGCAGACUGAAGUGUGUCCAUGGAUUGCUACUUUCUUUCUAAUGACUUUAAUCUCCGUUGUUUUGAACCUGGGCAAUGUAUUAGAUACAUCAUUUUGAAGACAGCCAAGGAAUCUGGCAUGCCCUCGCGAGAUGAGGAAGAUUUGAUUCGAGAAAUUUGUGGUGGGGAAUAAUUUGAUGCUGCCUCUAGUUUUUGUAUGUUAUUGGUAGUGGUGACAAGAUGCUGUCAAAAUAAAAGAAUUGUAUGUGCCGGUCAUUGCUGCUUGUAUUAAAUGUGGUGCGAUUGCAGUAACCUGUGUUUGGUACAAUUUUCAUGCUAGUUAAAGGCCUAGUGUUUCUUUCAAUGUUUAUAAUGGAACUGUAGCUUCACUUCCAUCUUCUCCAACCAUCCAAAUGAAAAGGCAAACGCUUCCAAUUUGACGAGGCCAGUAAUAAAGCCAAUUUCACAUUUAACAGUAGUCUGUAGCUUGUAUGUCAGCGUACUUCAUGGGUGGUUAUUCUUAGAUUUAAUCUCACCUGUGUCAAAGGUGAAGCAACGGUUUGAGUUAUAAAGCUGCAUUUUAUAACGGACGCUGUCAGUUUCAAACCCUAAACACAAAUCACCAAAAACCCAAACGAACAUGUAUCAAAUGAUCACGAGAAGCUUUUGAAUUCCGAACAGAUUUCUGUAACAUCCAGAUCCUGAUGCUUUUAGCAGGCAACAUAAGGCAUUGUAAAUGUGGACAAAGUACCUCAGACAACCUUGAUAAUACCAUCCAUCAAACAAGUACAGAAACAA